AUGGCCGAGUGGAGCACAGAAUUUGCUAAGCUCAUGGCUGGAGAUUUCGACCCCAAUCCUGAGUCAAAGCCUGCUCUCCCCGUACCUGUUGAUAUGGAUGAGUGGGAGAUCGAGACGAUUUUCCAGGCACCAGCUGGGUGCAAGCACUAG